AUGGCUACUAGCAUUUUUAAUAUUCUUACUUCUCAUAGAUCGGAAGAGCAUGAUAUAGAAACAUUUUGGAGAUUGGAAUCGAUUGCUAUUAACUCGAAGGAAACAGACGAAGACGAUACGGAUUUUUUGGAAACAUAUCAAGACACUUCGACUGAACUCAGAGGUAAUAAAUACUUUGCAAAAUUGCCAUGGAAACAGGAACAUGAAGAACUACCAUCAAACUAUACAGUCACAAAAAGAAGAACAGAGAACGUUAUUAAGAAACUUAGUCAAGAUCCUAAACUACUAAAGAAGUAUGGAGAUAUAAUCGCCGAACAGGAACGCAGGGGAUUUGUUGAGACAGUAGAUGAAAAAGAACAAAAAGGCGAGAAAGUUCAUUACAUUCCACAUCACCCUAUACACAAGGAAUCUAGCACAACUCCUAUACGAAUAGUAUACGACUGCAGUUGUCGUCAAUCACCAAGUCAUCCAAGUCUAAAUGAUUGUCUUAUGGACACACCACCAAAAUUAAAUGAUUUGACAAAACUCCUAGUACAGUUUAGAGCCAACCAGUUUGCUACAUGUACUGAAAUUGAGAAAGCUUUCUUACAUGUUGGAUUGAGCGAAGAAGAUAGAGAUGUUACCCGAUUUUUAUGGCUUAGUGACCCUACAAAUCCAGGAAGUCAGCUGAAAACUUAUAGGUUCAAAGCAGUGUUAUUUGGAGCGACGUCUUCGCCCUUUAUACUCAACGCCACAAUACAGAAACAUUUGAAAGAGAUAUUUAAGUUGAUAACAUAUUGUCUAAUAUGA